AUGCGGACCUUCGAAGCGGACACGGAGUUGCAGCAGUCUGCCUGCGGCGCAUUAGCCACUCUGAGCUAUGAGAACCAGGUCAACACUAAGGCUGUGUUACAACAUGGCGGUACCGAGUUGUUGUUGCGCGCUAUGCAUGGCCACAGUAGCAGUCCCUCUGUGCAAGGCUUGGCUUGUUACGUUUUGAGGAUACUGGCAUUCUUGGAGGAAGGUCGGCAUCACAUGGUCCAGCUCGGUGCCAUUGAAACCAUUCUCAUGGCACUACGGAAUCACAUUGGCGAUGUGGACGUCCAAGGCUCCGGUUGUGGAGUUCUUGGUCGGUUGACUGCAUGUUCUUCAGAGGAUUUGGCGAAAGUAGCCUCAGGUGAUGGACUUGGCGUUGCUCUAGGUGCACUUUCUGCCCAUCCACGUGAUGCUCAAGUGCAGGCGUGUGCUUCAGCACUUGUUGGAAACUUGGUCCUGGCUGGACCACAGUCAGUGCAAGAAAUCGCUCAAAGCAGAGCAGCAGACUUAGUGGUUCAGGCUUCAAAGCACGAGUCUUUAGAGGCUCAAAGCUGUGCUGUCAAUGCACUAAACAACAUGUGCCUCAGAAGCGAACAUUGUAUUGCUCAAGCUGCAGUCUCGGGAGCUUAUGCUUCUUUGGCAGCCACCUUUCAACCCACAGACGAGAACAUCCAAUUGCUGACAAUUACAGUCCUUUAUUUGCUGACAACAACAGAUCAAGGUGAUGUUGGGGAUUUUGUGCAGCUGCAAGGCCUGAGCCAUUUGAUUCCCACCAUGAUGCGCUUCAUGUCUUCUUUGAAGGUCCAGGAGCAGAUUUCUUCGAUCUUGCAGAGAAUCGGACAUCGUGCGGAGAUGUUGGAAGAAAUACUUCGACAGGGAGGGCUUGAUGGCAUUUUCACUGCAAUGCAUCGCUAUCCGCUAUCGGCGAGGAUUCAGGUGUCUGGAUGCUAUUUGGCAUCACGCUGGGCACGUGCCAGCCAGGACGGGGCCCAAAGAGUAGCAGAAGGAGGUGGAGUAGAGUUGGUUGCGCUUGCCAUGCAGAACCACCUUGCUGAGGUGGAUGUCCAGGUUUUUGGAUGCAUGAUGCUCAAAGCCGUGGCUGAUCAAGUUGCUGAGAGCCCUCAGGUCAUUGCACACUUCGGCGGAGUGGAGGCAGUGCUGCGGAGUUUGCAGCGGCACGCAGAGGAAGGACAGCUUCAAGAAGUUGGGGUCCGUGCACUUUGCAGCGUUGGACAACAAGACUGGAUAUGCAGGAAGAAAGUGGUGGACUAUGGUUUGCCCAAUGAUCCCAGCGAAGCUAUGUCAUCUAAAGACGCCCCGGUUUCAUUCAUCCCAGAUGACGGUCUACGUGGAAAGAAGGUGGAGCUGUGGACCCUCUGGGGAAAAUGUGUUGAACCACCAGAGGAAGAUUGCUCUGCAAACGACAAGCUCCAGCAUGACUCCAAGAGAAACAGCGAGUUGCUGGCUAGUGACGCACCAGAUCAGCCGCCCUUGCGCGGUGUCCAGUUGCUUUUCCGCGCUUUGCUCCACCCUCAUGGGAAAGUUGCAAGCGCUUUGCAUUCUGCGACUUGUGCGCUCUUGGCUCACAUCGCUGCAGAUGGGAACGAGGCCGACGUUCUGGAGGAAGGAGGCGUUGUUGUAGCCACGCAAUCCGCGCGCUUGCAUGCCUCGGAUCCUCAAGUGCAGGUGGACACGUUUGACCUGCUCCACAAUCUCGUAUGCCAACCAGUGCCAGGUCCCAGCGCUUUAGUCCAGAUGGCAACCAGCUAUGGGGCAGUCGAAUUGAUCAUUGAAGCCUUGAGGAACUAUCCGGAACACAGAGGAGUGCUCUAUUCCAGCGCAAAACUACUUCGCAGCCUGUUACUUGGUGGUGAUCUCUCCGGCGAGAGCACCCUGUCUCGCAAUGUGGAGGAUGCGAUCACGAAUUUGGAAGGCUUUGCUGAGGGUUUGAGAGUGGAGACUUUGCUCCAGGAGCUUCGGCGACACUCUGCAGAUGUUCCCACAAGGAGCACGGCACAGGGAGUGGUCGAACUGUUGAUGAAGUCCCUUGCCAUCUUCUCGGCGGACACGGAGAUCCAGGAGGUGAUUUUGGUGGCGUACCGAGAGUUGGCAGCAAAUCGCCGAAGCAGGCACCGCAUGACAAUGCAAGGCACUUGGAAGGAGAUCAUGGCUGAGGUCAAGGCGCAUCGAGAUCAUCCAACCCUUCAAGUCUUUGGCUGUGAUUUGAUGGAACUUCAAACACGUGACUGCGAACACGACAAUAUUGAAGACGCUAUUGUCUUCGGAGGAGUGGAAUCCCUCCUCAAGGUGUUUGAACAUCACGCACAAAAUCUGUCGGUGCAAGAAAGAUCGUGCGUGGCAGCUGCAAAGCUUGCAAGCAGAAGCGCAGACAUUAAAGCCAUGUUCAUUGAAGGGCAUUUGAUCCAGCUGAUUAUUGAGAUCAUGGCUCUGCACAGAGGCAGUGAAGCUCUGCAGAGACUGGCAUGCCUCGUGCUACUGAGCUUAGUUGACCACAGCUUGGAGUGCCGAGCUGAAAUGGUUGCCAGCAACUGCCUGGAAGCAGCUUGCACUGCUCUCAAGGAGCAUCCAAAAGCUGUGGCAGAUUUGCAAGCCCAGGCGUCCACAGCUCAGGGAAAUGGCAACGGAUGGCGCUCUCAUCAAAUGUGGCGCUCGGAAAGUCUCCGUCCAAGCUGUUUGGUUCAAUGUUGCGUGUAA